AUGUUCCGUUAUGGUAUCAAAUGGUUUGGGUUGGGCGUCUCCUUCCUGCUUCAGAACACCGGCGUUUUGCGGCUGCCCCAGUGGAAGGCUGGCCAGGACGCCGAUAGGAACUUGGAAUCCGAGGAAGUCAGCAAAGCGAACUGUCUCAGCCUUUGCACACCAGCUGCAGAGGCAUUGCGUGCAGAGGACCGAGGAGACGAGCAGUGUCACGGCUCUGAUGCUGGAUGUUCGAAGUACACUAGGUUGCCCGUGGCUUCUGCCACCAUCUGCCCUCCCAAGGAGGCGGUGCCUUUCGACGACUCGGGUGCCGCCUCCCCGAUCGUGCCCCUCUUCGACGUUUUUGCCAACUGGAUUGACAAUCCGGAGGCAGGGUUCUGUAAUGUAGGAGCCUCAAUAAAUAGAAUAGCAACUUGUUUAAGGCUUCUACAAGUGCUUAGAGAGUUGCUACAGGGUCUUUCAUGUGGUAAGUUCAGUCCCCUGACUUCAUGCUUCCUUCAUGAGCAAGGCCCCGGACAGGCAGAGACGCAGCCCGAGCCCCCAGAGAAUUUCUCAAAGACCUGCGGAUCCUGGGCCUUCAAUCCCAAGAGUCGGCAACUGCAGCAUCCCUCGAAGCCCAAACCCCCGAAUCCCCCAGACCCCGAAACCCUCGAAGCCCUCAAACCCAAGCCCCCAAGCUUUGAGCCCUGA